AUGCCGACGCCUGCUGAUACACAUGAGAAGCCAGCGGACGACAAAGAGGUGAAGUCUGCGGUUGAAGGAGACCGCGCAACCAUGGAUAUUGAUGCACGCCUGGUCUCCAGACUCAUUGGGCCGAAAGGUCAGAAUCUCUCUAGCAUGAUGGAUCAGAGUGGAGCCUACUUAGCCGUGAAGGAAGUAUCUCCAGGUGUCAACAAGGUGGUGAUCACUGGAUUCCCUGACUGUGUGGCAAAAGGCCGCGAGCUGGUAGAGACUGGCAGACAGCAGUCUUGA